GCAGGCUGGACACUUUGCAGACGCAUCUUGAACAUCUCAAUUUGAAAUCCUUGAAGCUAAAUCAAGAUGUCUGACAAUGAAGAAGAACCCUUUAUGGAAGUGCAUGAAAUUGUCACCCAGAAACUUGGUCACAUUCCAGUUGCUAAGGGAGAUUUUAAGAAGCUACCAUCAAAAGUUCAGAAAUGGGUUAUUCACUCUGUGAAUAUUUGCCAACCAAGAGCUAUCUAUAUUUGUGAUGGGUCUAAACCAGAAGCUGAUGAAGUUACUCAUAAAUUACUGGAACGAGGAACUUUAACUAAACUUACUAAAUAUGAAGAAUGCUACCUCUGUCGAACUGAUCCUAGUGAUGUGGCACGUGUAGAAUCUAAGACCUGGAUUACCACCCCUGAGAAAUAUGAUACAGUGCCACAUGUAAGAGAAGGGGUCAAGGGCAUUUUAGGACAGUGGAUGAGUCCUCAUGACAUGAAGAAAGAAAUAGACGAAAGAUUUCCUGGAUGUAUGAAAGGAAGAACAAUGUAUGUAAUACCAUUUAGUAUGGGACCUAUUGGGUCACCACUGAGUAAGAUUGGAGUACAGUUAACUGAUUCUAACUAUGUAUUAUUAUGUAUGAGAAUAAUGACCAGAGUUUCACCUCGUGUAUUUGAAUUUAUGGGAGAUCAUGAUUUUGUUAAAUGUCUUCAUUCUGUUGGAUGCCCUAGACCUGUUGAGAGAAAGGUUAUCAAUCAUUGGCCCUGUAAUCCAGACAACGUUAUCAUUGCUCAUUUCCCUGAAGAAAGAAAAGUUAAGUCAUAUGGUAGUGGCUAUGGUGGUAACUCGCUAUUGGGUAAAAAAUGUUUUGCUCUCCGUAUUGCCAGUGUUAUAGCUCGAGAUGAAGGUUGGAUGGCUGAACAUAUGUUGAUUAUGAGUGUUACAGAUCCAAAUGGUAAAGAAACAUUUAUAGCUGCAGCCUUUCCAAGUGCUUGUGGUAAAACUAAUUUAGCUAUGAUACAACCAACUUUACCUGGAUACAAAGUACAGUGUGUUGGAGAUGAUAUUGCCUGGAUGAGAUUUAACUCAAAAGGUCAACUACGUGGCAUUAAUCCUGAAAAUGGUUUCUUUGGUGUGGCUCCUGGUACCAACUUUAAGACCAAUCCUAAUGCCAUGAGAUCCUUCCAGAAAAACAGUAUAUUUACUAAUGUAGCUGAAACAGCUGAUGGCGGUUACUUUUGGGAAGGUCUAGAAGAUGAAAUAGAUAAGAAUAUGAGUAUUACAACGUGGUUAAAUCAAGAAUGGAGAAUUGGUAAAGCAGGAACUGCUGCUCAUCCUAAUGCUAGGUUCACCUGUCCUGCUAGCCAAUGUCCUAUUAUGCAUCCUAAAUGGGAAGAUCCUGAAGGUGUUCCAAUUAGUGCUCUUAUAUUUGGUGGCAGAAGACCUACCGGUGUACCAUUAGUAUUAGAAUCAUUUAGUUGGGAACAUGGGGUUAUGAUUGGAGCUUGUGUUAAAUCUGAAUCUACAGCUGCUGCUGAACACAAAGGUAAAAAGAUCAUGCAUGAUCCAAUGGCUAUGAGGCCAUUUAUGGGAUACAAUUUUGGAAAAUAUCUGGAUCAUUGGUUAUCAUUGAAGAAAGAUGGAAGACAGAUGCCCAAGAUAUUCCAUGUAAAUUGGUUCAGGGUGGAUGAACACGGCAAAUUUUUAUGGCCAGGAUUUGGUGAAAAUAUCAGAGUAUUAGACUGGAUUAUCCAGAGAUGUCAAGGAAAAGAUAUAGCUGUCAAGAGUCCCAUUGGCUAUUUACCAAAGAAAGGUUCAAUUAAAAUGGAGGGUUUAAAAGAUCCAGUCAACUGGGAUGAAUUAUUCAGUCUUCCCAAACAUUACUGGUUAGAUGAUACUCACGAGAGUACCAGAUUUUUAGAAGAUCAAGUGGGCUGCGAUGUUCCAGAGGUCAUCAUGAAAUUACUUAAAGAACAGGAAGAAAGUUUCAAGAAGAUGUAAAUUGGAUUCUGCAUAAUGCCAGUACGCAUGUAAAUAUUUUUUAGCAAUAUAUUUUGUCCUGUGGCACAGUUGAGAUCUGAAAAUCUUUUCUGCAAAUUCAUCAUUCCAGCAUCAAAAAAAUUGUACAGAAAAAUUUAAAAUGAUUGUGUUCAAUUAAAAUUCAGGGCCCAAAAAAUCUUGGUUUGUGGUAAGUGUGGAAUUGGACAUUAAGAAAUAUAAUACUGAAGACACAAUUAAUUGUAAGAUUAUUUGUGAAAUGGGAUCCAGCUCUUUGAAACAUCAAUCUAAAACUUCUAAAGUUAAAGAAUGACACAAUGUUAUGUUUGGGAUAUUCAUGCAUUAACGACCAAUAUAAUGUUAUUGGUUUGUAUUCAAUUGAUAUACUUUGUAUCUAUUCAAUUUUGUUAUUGUUCGUAGAAUUCCUUUAGCAUUUAUCUAGUGUUCUAAUCGUAUUAUAUAUAUUAUUCAGGAAUUACUUAAUUAUUGGCACUUGUUUGUAUGUGGCACCUCACAAUAAUUUAAGUGUAUUUUUUCUUUAAGAUUAUGAAAUAUUAGUGCUGUCUUCAUUCAGCAUGCAGGUAUCCAUUUUGCUCAAAUUGAAGAGAUCAAUAUUUGUAUUGAUAUAUAAUGAAAUUCUGUGGAUACAGGACCAGUUUGUGUUAUAAACUAUACAUAUAUUAUAUUAUGUUUCUUUAUUGUAAGCUAGUGCUAUAUUAAAUGUUUGUUAUAGAA